AGUUUACAUCCGGUGUAAACCAACGUGAGCUCUUGGCCGCCUAAACAAAGUGUUUUCUAUUCACUUUGCAAUUGUUUCAAAGCUAGAAUUAGAUGAGAUGUAAAGAUGCAAGAUUAAUUUAGACCAUAUCAACUUUACACAAGAACAGGAGUCAACAUGACAUCUAUUAUUAGACUUCAGCCUCUGUCUGGAGCUCAUGACGAAUCUCCUCCAUGUUACAUUCUGCAGGUGGAUGAAUUCCAUUUCCUUCUUGAUUGUGGCUGGGAUGAAGACUUCAAUAUGGAUUUUAUAAAACAGUUGAAAAGACACAUGCAUCAGAUAGAUGCAGUUUUACUGAGUUACCCAGACCAUGCCCACCUUGGUGCACUACCUUAUAUGGUAGGAAAGGCAGGAUUAAGUUGUCCAAUAUAUGCCACAGUACCAGUCUAUAAAAUGGGACAAAUGUUUAUGUAUGAUCUCUAUCAGUCUCGACACAACACUACAGAUUUUGAGAUCUUCACAUUAGACGAUGUUGACCAUGCCUUUGAUAAAAUCACACAACUCAAAUAUUCACAAACGGUUCAUUUAAAAGGUAAAGGUCAUGGAAUACAGAUAACCCCACUACCUGCAGGUCACAUGAUUGGUGGUAGUAUCUGGAGAAUCGUUAAAGAUGGCGAGGAAGAGAUCAUAUAUGCCAUAGAUUAUAAUCAUAAAAAAGAAAGACAUUUGAAUGGUUGUGUAUUAGAUACAAUAACCAGAUCAUCAGUUUUGAUCACAGAUGCUUUCAAUGCUUCAUACAUACAAUCUAGAAGAAGACUAAGGGAUGAACAGUUAAUGACCACUAUUCUACAGACAAUGAGAAAUGAUGGUAAUGUUUUGGUUGCUGUGGAUACAGCUGGCAGAAUGCUAGAACUGGUUCAGUUAUUGGAUCAAAUGUGGAGAACAACAGAGUCAGGUUUGUCGCCAUACUCUCUAGCCUUGUUAAAUAAUGUCAGCUUUAAUGUAGUCGAGUUUGCCAAAUCACAGGUUGAAUGGAUGAGUGACAAAAUUUUAAGAUCAUUUGAAGAAAACAGAAAUAAUCCAUAUAAUCUCAAACACGUCAGGUUGUGUCAUAACCUUGCUGAACUAGCCAAGAUUCCUGAACCUAAGGUUGUGCUUGCCAGUGUGCCUGAUUUGCAAUGUGGGUUUUCUCGAGAUCUUUUCUUAGCAUGGUGUGGCAGUGCCAGAAACAGCAUUAUAUUGACCAAUCGAACAUCACCUGGAACUUUAGCCAGAUACCUCAUAGAGAAUCCACAAAACAGAACUGUAACCAUGGAAAUAAGAAGAAGAGUAAAAUUGGAAGGAGCAGAACUGGAUGAAUUUAUGAAGAAGAAACAAGACAAAGAAAACGAAGAAGCAAGAAAAAAGGCCCAAGAAAGAAGAGAGUUAGAAGAUGAAUCCAGCGAUGAAAGUGAGGCUGAAAUGGACAUUGAUGUAUAUUCCACAGUCGGAGGACAAAAGGCCAAGCACGAUCUCAUGAUGAAAAGUGAAGGUAAAUCAAGAACAGGAUUUUUCAAGCAUGCUAAGAAAGCUUAUCCAAUGUUUCCAUAUAGCGAGGAGAAAGUCAAAUGGGAUGAGUAUGGUGAAAUUAUCAGACCUGAAGAUUACACCAUUUUAGAAGUAGCUCCUGCAGAUGAAGAAACAACUGCUGAGAAGAAAGUAAAGAAAGAAGAUGAGUCAAUGAUAGAUCUGUCAGAAGUACCUACAAAGUGUGUAGCGGCCACUGUAACAUUGGACAUCAAUGCUAACAUCCAGUACAUAGACUUUGAGGGAAGAUCUGAUGGAGAAUCCAUGAAGAAAAUUAUAUCACAAAUCAGACCUAAACAACUGAUCUUGGUACGUGGAACAAAAGAUGCAACCGAUUCUAUGGCAGAAUAUUGUAGCAGAUUGGAUGGAGUUAAGAUAUUAACUCCCAAUGUUGGGGAAAUGGUUGAUGCAACCAGAGAAAGCCACAUUUUCCAGUUACGACUAAGAGACUAUGUGGUCAGUUCUUUAGAUUUUGCUAAGGCCAAAGAAAUAGAAUUGGCCUGGGUUGAUGGACUGAUAGAACUGAAGAAAGAGAAAAGAGAUACUAAAGCCAUGUUUGAAGCAGAAGAUGGAGAGAUUGAUGAUGAAAAGGAUGAUGAUGAUGAUGAUGAUUCAGCAGAUUUGAUUCCUACAUUGGAGGCCUUGCCUGAUCAAGUUAUUCAAGGUCACAAAGCUGUUUUUAUCAAUGAGCCAAAGCUAGCAGACUUCAAGCGUGUAUUACAAUUAGAAGGUUUCCAGGCAGAGUUUGCAGGAGGUGUACUUAUUGUUAAUGAUACGGUAGCAGUGAGAAGGUAUGAAGCAGGAAGAAUGCAGUUGGAAGGUGCCAUGUGUGAUGAUUAUUUCAGAAUCAGAGACCUUUUAUAUAACCAAUAUGCUAUCAUUUGAUGAAGGACUCUGAGAUAGCACAACCAAAACUGGUACAUUCAAGGACUUUACUGCGGAAAAGAUAUUUCAGUCCAAGGGACAAAAUUUGUGUAAUGCCAUUAAAAAGAAACUUGACAAAAGAGGUUGAAAUUUGUAUUUGAUACAAAUUGAAACCUCUGCAAUGGUGUCAACUUUUCAAACCUACUAAAAAUUUGGAAUUUUUUUCCUUGAUGGAGAUUUGCUGUAUUUCAUUUUGUUUUUCAUAUUUUUAAUUGUUUAAUAUUUUUUUCUAACAUCAUCAUUCAUAUGAAUUCACUCAUUCAAGAAUAUAUCAUAAAAUAAAAAUGUCAGGUUACUUAGACUGUACAAUGAAAACAUACAAUGUUUUUAGAUUAUUUGUGAUUUCUGUUUUUAAAGACAAACUUCUUCUGAUACUGGUAAGGAGAGAUCUAACAUGCCUGUUGGGAGUCUCUUUUUCUAUGAAAAAUUUCAUUUGUUGAAGAAGAAAAAAUUGGAGACACUAAUCUAUACCUUGAGAGUUGACACAUAAGCUUUUGUUUAAAUGUUGGUAGAUAAAUAUUGUUGUACACUGAAGAAUAUUUUUAAUAAAUGAUCUCUGUAGUCUUUACUAAAAA